GAAGAUGGAGCAGGAGCAGACCAAGAGCGAGAAGCGCUUGGAGAAGCUCAUGGAGGAAGAGAGCUCUGUUGAUGAAGCGAUUCGUAAGUUUCAAGACAAGAAGGCUGAGCUUCAGGUCAGCAUCCAGGACGAGAGGAAGAAGAUCGAGGCACGGUAUAAGGAGUUCUUGGAUGGUCUUCGUGAAGCCAUGCCUGCACCAGAGCCUGUGGUGGCCUCUUCGGGCGCAGAGGAGUGCUCGGUCAUGGAGGUCGACGAGGCUGAUGUCAUGGAAGCUGUGCAGGCACGCGGUCCGACUGGGAGUUCGAUGGGUGUGGGGGUGGUUCAGAGCACGACCUUUAGCAAGUGUGACCUCGAGGGCCUCGAUCUCGGAAACUCUGGAUCGGUGUUCGGGUUGACUGGCAUCGGUGAUGGAGUCUAUGAGGCGGGGCUUCAGAGGUGCGAGGCUUUCACGGACCCGCUCUCGGCUUCAAAGGGCCGCAGCGCCCUUGACACGGUGUGGCGUCAGUCUGUGACGGCAGAGUUGUAUGCGGGACAGAAGAUCCACUAUGGGGCCCUCAUGUGGGAUUUGCUGCAGUUCUACGAGCACAUAUGUGGGAAGCACCAGCUGCGGCCGUUCGCCCGCCUUGUCAUGAAGAAGAGGACCAAGAAAUUCAAGUUUCGUAUCGCUAAGCUCUCGGGCCUCAAGGUCUCCACGAAGCUCAAGAAAAGGCUCUUCAAAGGUUGCAAUUUGGACCUCCUGUGGGCCAUUGAGGGCAAAGGCGACCCCAUCGCGCUGGCAGGCACAGGUGCUGGGAAUGCCAGCACCCUGAUAUUACACGACGCCGAGCUGAGCAUUUUGGAACCGAGCUUGUUCAGCAGGUUCCUCAUGUGGCCCUUGUACGGGAUCUUCAUGGAGCCCAUGUGGUGCUGCACCCCCUUCCAGAACUUCCGAGAACCAGCAACAGCCCCAGACUUCGACGCCUUCAAGAUCAUGCCGAGGCCCUUGGAGUCCUGGAUGAAACCCUUCGCUGCAAGCGCAAGAGCAGGCCGCGGCAACGAUGGGGACACGGAACAGAAGCAGAAGGGCAGCAACGCCGACAGCAGCAAGGGCGGCGGCGGAGGUGGGGGCAAGCUCGCGCCGCCCAACGCGCGACUCGCCAUGGCGCUGGCCAGGGGCGUCGCGGACCUCGAGGGCACGGUGUACCACCGCUACGAGAUGCCGAACGCCAGCGCGGGCCUGGCCGCAGCGGCGAAGGCCGCGGGGGUCACGUGCAACAUGGCCAACCUGGACAUGGAGCAGCAGCAGCGCGAAGGUGGCGACGCGGGCUGGACGGCUCGCGGACCACCGCGCGCCCGCGCGGCGACGGCGGCGAUCCUCUACGGCGCCGGCAAGCAGUUCGAGGGCAACGGCGACGCGCGGGCGAUCAAGCUGCGCGACGAGACGAAGGAGUUCUACCAUCAGGAGAUCUUCGCACCAGGAGUCACGGCAGCGAAGAUAGCUGCGCUCUCGGUCUUCAUGGAGGCGCUGGUGGAGUCGGAGAACGGCAACUACCUUUCGGGGGCGGCCCCUCGCUGCCCCUUGGAGCGGCAGGUGGGCGAGAUGGUCUCCGCGGAUCUGUGCCACGGCGAGCUGCUCGCUACCUUCAAGGAUCGACAGGUCGGUUUGAGCUUUCUCAAGUACGCGGACGAUGUUCACAAUAUCGUCUUUGGGGAUCUAGACUCGACCUUGCCCGAAUUCGUCCAGAAGUUAAUUCGCGCGGUGUACCACCGCUACGAGAUGCCGAACGCCAGCGCGGGCCUGGCCGCAGCGGCGAAGGCCGCGGGGGCCACGUGCAACAUGGCCAACCUGGACAUGGAGCAGCAGCAGCGCGAAGGUGGCGACGCGGGCUGGGCGGCUCGCGGACCGCCGCGCGUCCACGCGGCGACGGCGGCGAUCCUCUACGGCGUCGACAAGCAGUUCGAGGGCAACGGCGACGCGCGGGCGAUCAAGCUGCGCGACGAGAUGAAGGGAUUCUACCAGCAGGAGGUCUUCGCACCAGCGACGUGGUGCCGCAACCUUACUAAGGAGCGUUGCAAGGACCUGAGCAACGCCGACGACCGCGCGAUCCCCUAUAGAGCCGACCUGGACCAGGACACCGUGAAGAGAGGGCAGAAGGACUUCGCGAUGACGAUCAAAGUUCUCAGGCGCGCCAAGAUGGGCAAGUUUGCGCCGCCAUGGUCUUCCCCGUCGGAGAUCUACAAGAUGCUGGUCGAUUCUGUACGCCGGCGCAUGCUGCGCAAGAGCUACGACGCGACCAACGCCAUCUGCUGCGGUCGCAAGCUGGAGCUUGAGCAGACGGCGCGGGCCGCGCCGGGGGCUUGCACGGGCAACGCUAUGAUGAUCAAGUUCGAGGGCUUCCCCCUGGUGGGCGCGAGCCUGGAAUACUUCAUGGGCGACGCCUUCAAGACGCCGUGGCCGGCGCCCCCCAGGGCGGCGGCAGAAGCAGCGGCCCUCUCGAGCCGCAGCGACGGGGGGGUCGACCAAGCCCUUGCUGCACGCGCGCGCGGGCGGAACCGCUCCAAGCAGGACGUUGCGCCUGCCUUUCCGCAAGGACACUUGACCCGUCGGGCGAUCAUUGGCUUCGCGAAGGGUGGCUGCCGUAGCGGGCUCGAGCUGAAGCGCUCGGGGGUCCGGGUCAACGCGGUGAAUAGCAGCGCGAAUGAGCUGGCGGCGAGGCUGGCGGCGGUCGCGACGGGGCGGGCGGUGGCCCAGGGCUUCUGGUACUCGGCCGCCCCCUCCCGCGUCAAGAGGCUCAUGUUACUUUCGCUGGUCAGCGGGGCGGCUUCGUCUGAGGCAUGUGCUUUCUGCUUGACGGACUCCGAGACCAAGCAGUUGCGUGGUGCGCUGGUUUGCAAGCUGCGAUCGAUGAUGUGCGGCGCAGAGAACGGCAUCAUGAACGCAGAUGCGCAGAUUCCUUCCUGGGCGCGCCAGUUUCGACGAGACAUCGAGGUGAUGUGUAGCCCCCCAGAAGCGGAGUCCUUCGUCGAGGCCUGGAGGUCUGGCGCAAUGCUGGACUUGCUGCGGGACGAGGAAGAGGCGAGCGGAGGCGCGAAGGCGACGCAGCAGGAGUCGAGGGGCUUCGCGGAGCACGCCGGCACGCUGAGGACGAAGAUCGGCACCCUGAAGGAGCGGGCGAAAACAGGCCAGGGCUCAGACGGCCAAGCAGCUCGCGAGGCCACGGCGGCGGCGGAGGCCACGCUGAAGGAGCUCAGGGGCAGGGUCCUCCCAGCGCCCGUCCUGUUCGUUGCGGCGCUGGCGGCAGCGGAGCUGGGCAGGGUCAACCGCGCAGCGCUAGAGGCGACGAAGGCGGAGUUCACGGACCAGCCACCGCAAGAAGCACGUCUAUGCAGGCCCGAGAGCUGCAAGGACGACGAAGUGAUCAAGAUAGUCUUAUUGCUGGGCGACGCUGGCAAGGAACGGACCAUCGUGGAGGCGUUUGGCGCGAUGGGCGCCCCAGCCACGCAGGGCCAUGCGCCGAGCGGCGACCUGGAGGACGAGAUCUCGGCUUGGCGCGACCACCGCAGGGACGCGGGGCGCAGCAUAUUCAAAACAGGGCCCAACAACGAAG